CUUAAUUUCCAGUCAGACUCAGUCGACACAACUACAAAUACAUAGAAACGAAAAAAAAAAAAACUGUUCCACACGAAAAAAUGACAUCGGGGCCAAAAAUUUGGAGCCGUUCGCUGCUGAUUCGUGCACGGGAUCAUGGCGGGGCUAUCCUGCCUCCGGCUAAGCGUCCGGAACCCAUUCCUGAGUUGUGCGAAGAUGGGAACGUGAUGGGCUUGCUGCUCGGCUGGGAAUACGGCCGGAAGUGGCUGGAACGACGCGAGGAUAUCUUACGGCACCGGGCCAUGGUAAGCAAGUUUGGACGCAUUCCGCCGGACUUUGAAUGGUGGCUCAAUCAGCGCCGGCCCCUCUUGGUGCGCCAGCAGAGAUUCCGCAAGAAGACUGAUGCUCGUAAAGUAAUCACGGCCUUUAAUGUUGCCAAGGAGUUGCGUGAAGCCCAGAACCGUAAGGUCAAAGAGAGCCUGGCCAAAACGCAACCUUACGCAUGAUUCAUACUUACGGAAAUUAUUAAGUUUAUGAAGUUUAAAAGCAAAUAAACAAGACGGUUAGUGUGAUUUCAUGGCAGUCACAUCAUA